UGGUGCCUUGUUGAUGGCUUCGUGUGGAAUGGUGUAGUUUGGUCGUCAGAUUCGUGUCUGCUCAUACUUGGCCCCGUUCUGCUCGGCUUCUGGUGGUUCUCUAAGUUUUCUUCGUUGUCCUCGGCCUCUGGUGGUUUCUUGUGCUGGUUGUUUGCUCGGGCAGUCGGGCCUGUGUGAUUUUCUGCCGCUGCAUUCGCAUCACCUUCUCCCAGUCUGUGCCCUGUGCUAGUGUGCUACUCUCUCUACUGAGCUCUCUCGCCUUUCCGCGUUCGACAUUCUCUUCCAGCUUUGUCUCACGCUCGCAACUGGUUUUCCCGGUUAUUUCGGGAUCCGGAUUGCACGGUGUUCGGGCUGUUUCGUCAACCAUGGGGAAGUCUCCGGCGAAGUGGAUCAAGUCUGUGCUCCUCGGGAAGAAAUCAGCCAAGUCCAACUCUACCAAGGCCAAGGAUUUGGCGAAGGCUGCAAAUAACAAGCCUGUGCUUUCUGAGGAUCCCCCUGUGAUUUCUGAGCCAGCUCUUGUUAAUUCUCACAACGAUGGAAAUGCUGAAAAUUGCAAGUUACCAAACGGAGUUGCAGUUGAAGCCAUGGGUCAAGGAGUGGAGAACCAAAACAUUGUUGGCUCCAAGGCACCAACUAGUCCAGAGAAACUAAGCGAAGAGCUAGCUGCAGUGAAGGCACAAGCGGCCUUCCGAGGUUACCUGGCACGUAGGGCAUUCCGUGCAUUAAAAGGUAUCAUAAGACUCCAGGCACUGAUCCGAGGACAUCUUGUAAGGAGACAAGCUGCAUCAACCCUUCGUGUGACAUGGUUGAUCGUGAAACUUCAAGCUUUAGUUCGUGGAAGAAAUGUUAGACUCUCCGGUGCUUCCAUUCAAUUUGUUGUGAAGUCCGGCCAACAUAAGUUUCUGAGUGAUAAACCAUCGGACGCUUGGAAAGAGAAGGUAUCUUCAAACGCAUAUGUUCGAAAGCUUCUAUCUUCAUCAAUUGGGUUAGAAGCUCUUCACUUGCAGUAUGACAAGAGGGACCCCAAUUCAUUGUACAACUGGUUGGAGAGAUGGACUAUAAGCCAGAUUUGGAAGUCCUCUUCCCAACCAAAAAAAGUUGCUGAUGGCAAACCACAAGUAAGGAAGGCCAGUUAUGCAAUGGAAACUGAGUCAGCCAAAUUAAAGCGCAAUGUUCGGAAGAGUUCUGCUGUCACUGUUGAUAGCUUCCAAACUAAUAUGACAGUUGAACCUGAAAAAAUUAAACGAAAUUCAAGAAAAUUCUCUAGUUCCGCUGCUGAUUCAGUACCAGAUAGCCAGUUAUCUGAACUUGAGAAGGUUAAGAGGAACCUUCGGAAGGUAACUAAUUCCAUGGCUGAAGCAUCAAAGAUAUCUAGCUCCAGGGCAGAUGCCUCAAAGGUAUCUAGCUCCAUGGCUGAUGCCUCAAAGGUGUCUAGCUCCACGGCUGAUGCCUCAAAGGUAUCUGAUUCCGUGGCUCAAAUCCCACCUAGUCUCGUGAAUGGGAUCUCUGAUCAUCAAGACAACCAAUGUGAGGAAGCACAACAGAAUGCAUGCGUGUCAUUUCCUCCUGAAACUCAGGAGUUGCACAGUGGCAUUCUGUUGGAGGACAAUUCACAUAUGAAUCUGUUGGAACCUGAUUUAAUAUCUAACCCGGAAACUCCUUUCACUUCGAUUUUAACCUGGGAAAAAUUUAAUGAUUCUACUGCUGAUGCUCAAGAAGUUGAAGUUCUGCCACUGCAGAACAUUGAUAAUGAAGAUAAUUUCCCAGAAAAUGGUGUCUUAGGAAAGAAAGAGAAGCCAAGGUCCAAGGAAGAACCUCUGUCUAAUGGAAACCUUAAAACUAGCAAGAGGAGGUCUUCGUUCUCCACCAAAUCAGAUUACCCGGAAAAUGGAGCCCAGAAUACGCCAGUUCCACGAAGGAAGCCAAGCUAUAUGGCUGCAACAGAAUCUGCAAAGGCAAAGUUGCGAGGACAGAAUUCACCAAGACUGGAUUCUGAUUCACCAGCAGACAUGAAUGGCUUCACACGCCGCCAGUCUCUACCUUCUUCUACAAACAACAGAGCGAUCAGAGCUGAAUGGAGACGGUGGUGAGGACAACCAACUUCCAUUUGAACGGUGCAACGUUGUGGUGGAUGAAGUGCCCUGCUGUCCGUGAGAUUGUCGCCAUUGUUUUGUUCAAGAUGUAAAAAUAUGUUGGCCCUGUGUUGAUCUAUUAUCUGUUGCAUAUUUGAGUUGUUAAUUUAUUAUCCAUUGUUUCUUGUGCAAUGUCUUGUUCAUAGCUACAUCUUACUAGUUUCGGGCAUAUGCUCUCGUUUCCACCCAAGGCACCCUGCCUGAUAAAUGGUCAGGGGGCUGAUGCCCUAAGCGUGUUUUAAUAGAACGGCUUCAUCCUA